AUGGAGAUUGAAAUGCCAAGCUUCAUCAGAAAUGGAGUAGUGAGACUUCCACCUGGAUUCAGGUUCCACCCAACUGAUGAAGAACUGGUGGUGCAGUACCUUAAAAGGAAGACCUUUUCCUGCCCAUUGCCUGUCGCAGUUAUUCCUGAGAUCAACCUCUCCGAGUUCGAUCCUUGGGAUUUGCUAAGUGAGAACGAAGGAGACAGGUUCUUUUUCAAUUUGGUAGAGAGAUUCACGUACCACCGUAGCAACCGAGCGGCUGGCUCCGACUACUGGAAGGCUACCGGAAAGCCAAGGCCGGUGGUGGCGCCGGCGAGCAAAGAGCUGGUGGGGAUGAAGAGGGUGCUCGUCUUCCACCGGUGGAAGUCAUCGUGA